ACAAGUUAUUCAAAACAAUUAUUGCAUGAAAUCUCCAACCUCGUGGCACGUGGCGUUAUCUGUCCAUUAUCUCUCAGAUUCCACGUCAAUUAAUGCUUCCAGCUAAUGUAGGGUUCAUGUCUCACUCCCUUUUAUUUAUUCAUAACGCCGAUGGCUUUCGGGUAAUAAGUGACCACGCAAUAUUCGUCAGUGUAAUUUGUACGUGAGGAGCAGAAAACACGACACAAACAUGUCGGAGGAUAUAACAGAAAUAGCAGCGAGGCGUAAUCGUCUGCGGAAGCGACAUUCAAUAAAGUCCCCAAUUCCGGAUUAUGAGUUAGGCUUUAAAAAAGUCCCUCCUAUCCGACGUAACCAAAGUCCACUUCUAGACAGCCCUGGAAGACCGGAAGACCCCCCACGACACGACCCCCCGCGGGGCAAAGCAACUAUGGAACCACCACUGCCAUAUGUACUUUGCAAGUGCCAGAACUACAGUCUUUACGCUCUGAUCAACUCGGCGUGCGCUCGGUCCUUUAUUAGAAGGACCGCCCUUGCCAAAUUUGGGAGCCAAUCUACGGAUGAACAAGUGUUGCCGUGGCUCGUCGGAAAUGCGACAAAAGUCGCUGACAAAAACCGAAGACUAGAGAUUCAACUGGGGGAAAAGAUCCUAGGCGUUGACGUCAUUGUUGUUGAGUCUGGACCAGAGUUUUGCAUCGGAGCAGAUAUUUUAAAUACCUACAAGUGCGUCCUGAACUUCCAAACUGGAACGCUGACUGUGGGAAGACAGCGAGUCAAUCUCUUAACUGAGGAACAGAUUCCACCUGACAAACAAUAAGCGACGAUCCGAAUCCGCUCACUGAAGGUCUUGAAACAGAAAAGCCUUUUUUCUGCUCGGAACUUCAAUAAUAGACUGCACCUCCUUGGAAAUGGCGCAGUAAUCACGUAGGCCUACAUGGUCCUAUCACGGGGAGGUCUGUCACAGAAAAUAUAAUUACUUGAAAUUCGGAAAAGCGUUUCUCUGUUAAACUGUUAUAUGGAUCCAAUUUGAAUUCUAUUUGGAUGUUGUGUAGGGGCCUACCAUACCAUCCCAUGACCAAGACUUUUCGACUCAUGUGACCUGCUCCUACAUACAGGAUGAUUGGUGAACAGUAAACAGCGCCAUUUGUAACAAAAGUUUAAAGUGUUUUUAAUUACUUCAAAGAGUUAAUCUGGUAUGAUUAGGCCUUACUUGGCCCUCUGGCAAGAGGAAACUUUUUCGGGAAAUUAACAUGAUGAGUCAUGAUUUUGUAAGAUUAGUAUAUUUAUAAACAGUGAGAUAAAAUAACCUAUUUCGUUCUCUGUAGUAUUUUGGUGUAAUUUAUCCUUACAAUA